AUGGCUUUGCCCACCGCGAGUGCCACUACAAAUUCUUUUAACCCUGGCCUCGCCAUCUCCAACAACACCUCCUCUCUAUUUCUCGGUGCUCCCCAGCGAUCAUGGAUGCAGCCACCAGAUCCUCAGUUCCCUACUCCUCCCACUCAAUAUCGUCCGCCACAGCCUGUGAGGCGUCCCUCCAAAAAAAGAACUCCUUCUCAUAAUGCUGUCCCAUCUGAUUUACCACCAAAUCCGCCCCCUCAGCAUUCACUCCCUGCCACUGUCUCUCCACCAGCUUCGCCUAGGCAAGACUCAACCUUGCCCAUCUUGGUGGAUUCAGUCCAAACUCAUUCCACUCAGCAUCAAGCUGCAGGUACAAUCCCGAUCCCACCAGCCUUAUCCAUGGCCGUUUCACCCUCAACAGGCGACAUACUCACCACAAGGGUUCGAUCCUUUCUACAAGAGUUCUGGGGUGGCGACCUUCACUAUGGCCUCCCACCCAACUAUCAAACCUUGAUAUCUAACGAAGAGCUAAUGAACCGUUAUUCAUCUUUCUGCAAUAAACUCAAGAACGCUGGAGGUUCAUCCUCACACGUUUGGAAUUCCAAUGGUACCGGCAUUUUGGAUCUUGCAAUGAGAACCCAUCAUGGUCAUCUGUCGCCAUUCGCCCUCCGCCAAGCCAGUCACGACGUCGAGAACUGGACCUUUCAAGAUGGACAUGACCCAAUCUUAAAGUCAACAGAGCGUGCAUCCGAACCCUCUCAGCAAGAAGUACCAGAGACUGCAAGGUCAAGGAAGCGCCCUAGCAUGGCUGAUCAAUCCAACACCCGCCAUACGAGGUCACGCGAUGAUUGGCCUAUACAGUUACCCACCCCAAGUCCAAACACCUCUCCGGUUCCUCAAUCGACCAUUGCGUGGAAGCAGAGAUACAACUCUGCUAUAAGGAACCUGCAAAGUACCGGAACCAGACCCGUCGACCAGCAACCUGUCAACGAUAUCCCCAGGCUGGAGAUGUUGCGCGAUGCCUGCAACGCCGAUGAUGUCUUCUACAUCAUGACCCAUGCGGUGUUCUGUGCCUGGUCUGCGGGCCACGAGGAUCUUCUUAAACCCCUUUCUCUCACGAAUGAACAACGCUCGGGUCUCGCCAUCUUGGAACAAAUCCUUGGUUCUCAACGCUCCUUGACCAGAGAAGUCGCCACCAUGUUUCUCCAUUUUGCAGACCCUCGGACUUGCUUCAACUCGUCCUCCUUUCUUACCUCCUGGACAAAUAUCCAACUCUUCCUGGUAGCACUCAACACUCACUUCCACCCGGUCCGCGCCUUUCUUCAGAGCCGAGCUUAUCCGCCCCAUCCUCAAGAGGUCUGCUCAUGGUUUGUCCUGCCAUCGCCGGUUCUACAGAGAGCAAUCCAUCAGUCAUACCUUCGCGACCUGUCACCUGACCUUCCGUACAUGGCAAAAGCCAUGGAACUCUUUCUCCAAGAGAUCGUUAGCCCUGCGGUGGCUACCUCGCAAGAACACAGAGACAAACUCUGGAGAGAUCAUUUUGAGCACCUCUUUCAUCUUAGAACACUUCAUGUCCAGAAUCUACACAGUACCCAAUCUGGAGCCGGCGUCCACCAGCAACAGAUGCAGCAGUCCGUUGCUUUCAAUCAACGCGUAUUUUUAUCGUACCAAAACCAGGCUGCCACCACCUCUGUGUCCAACACGGCUUCCCAUGUCAAUCCCUUUCCGGUGGCCGUUGAUGGUUCAAGCGAUGCCACUCGUACGCGUCCAAUGAAGCAGAUGCCGAAUACACAAGCUCGCAAAACAUUACCUAGCUAUCGAUCCGGAAACCCGCCUCCAAGCGCGCAAGACCAACGACGACCACCCAGGUUCCACAACCCCCCUACCAUGUAUCCCUCCCAACGAGUUCAGUACCCGGCUGGAAAUACAACCCUCACCCCUGUCCAGUACCAGCAUCUUGCUCUGUCACCUGGCUUGCCUGGAAAUGUCAAUCUGUUAGUCAAUCUAGACACGCGACCGGCCGCUCCCUCAACCACAGCUGCCGGACAGGUUCAGAGGUCAAGGCCGCGACCUGCUUCCUGGACAUCCAAUCCUGCUCCACAGGCGCUGACCGGUCAGUCUCAGAGACAACCGCAAACCCUCAUUACAUCUGGACGGUUUUUCCCUGCCAGUGCCAACCCGCAAGAUCUCUUACGCACUUUCGCCCAACCAGCUCCCGAACGCAGAGCCAUUCAUCAGGCCGAUACACAUAGCCCAACUUAUUGCCGGCAUUUGGAUUUACCCGAUUGGCAACAGUUUCGGUAUUAUAGAUAUGUGGAGGAUGUUGUGCUCAUGCCUCAACCAAUUGACAUCCAUUCGGGCUUAAUGACUUGGGCGCUUGAACUGGCACCUGAUUUGAUGGCAGACAAAGUCAAGACGACCUUGACGAUUGGGGAAACCGGACUGCGGAGGUGUGUUGUGGCAGAUGGGUCGGCACAAUUCCGCUUAAAAUGUAUCGCGCGAGAAUCAUUGGAUGGAGCGGAUGGAAAAAGUAAGGCGGAGGCGGCUACUACUCCCAAUACAUGGCCCAAAUGCGUUCCAGUUUCGAUCAACGAUGACUUUGGAGUGGAUUUUCGGCGCAAGGCUCAAUACGGGGUGGACAUUAGCACCGAUAUUACUGAUCUUUUGCAUGAUGGGCCCAACAUGGUGAAGCUUUCCGUUAGUUUCACACCCCAGGAAAAGAGUAUUGUGUACCAAAUGGGGGUCGAAAUAAUUCGCAUCGCUAGCCACGAAAAGGUGGCAUUGAUGCCUCAAACCAUGUCAUCGGAGCAAGUCAAAGCGUCUAUUAUCAGUACGAUGUCACGGAAGGGUCAGGAGGAUGACGAACUCGUGGUCGUGGAUCCAGUGAUAAGUAUUGACACCGUGGACCCAUUCACAUCCAAGCUCUGGGUGACACCAGUUCGUGGAAAGCUGUGUCGUCACCGCGAAGCUUUCGACCUGGAAGCAUUUCUUCAAAGUCGCACAAGCCGCGUCAAGGGAAGUACAGUGACAAAUCCUGACCAAUGGAAAUGUCCUAUUUGCAAGACAGAUGCACGACCUCAAAGCCUGGUCAUUGAUGGCUUCCUGCUUGAGGUGCGAGCACAACUGGAAACACAAAAUCUCUUGGAGACAAAGGCCAUUCUGGUCAAGGAGGAUGGCACCUGGGAUGCCAAAACCGAGGCGCCACUCACCAGUUCCAAGGGCAGUGAGUCGACAGCAGCAGACAAGCAAGAUGCGAAAGCAAGCACAGGUCCGGUAAAGGUGGAUUGGACGCCCUCAAUCCCGCGACAAGACACGGUCAUUAUCCUCGAUGAUGACACGUAG